AUGGCCGACUCCAUCAACUAUGACUUCAAAGGCCAGCCGAGUCUCUACUUGUCGCCGGUCAUUGCCAUCAGUCCGGCUGUGCUCAAUGUGGUCGAGGACCAGCAGGUGACUCUGCCCUGUGUGCUAUUGGCUGGGAAUCCGCUGCCUGAGAGGCAAUGGCUACACAACUACGGCCUGGUGACCUCAGACCAGUAUCUGACAGUGAGGAGGGACGGCAGUCUGCAUAUUGAAAGAGUCCAGCUGGAUGAUGCUGGUGACUACAUCUGUUUGGCUGAAAACGUUAUCGGGGCCACCAACCAUACCACCACUGUCAAUGUCUAUGUAAUUCCUACAAUUCAGUAUGGCCCUCAGGUGUUCAACACAAUUGAGGGCACACCCAUCACUCUGCCCUGCCGUGCCAGUGGAGUUCCCCCCCCUGACAUUACCUGGGCCAAGGGUGGGGAGCUGCUGAACUUGGGUGGUCCAGCCUUCUCCAUGGACUCUGACGGCAGCCUCCUCAUCACCUCCCCCUCUGGAAACGAGACUGGAGAGUUCCUCUGCACAGCUACCAACGCUGCAGGCCAUGCAGCCAGGAAGGUCCAGCUCACAGUCUAUGUCCGUCCUAGAUCCAGUGUUGGUGGUGCUGGAGGCUCAGCUGAGCCAAUGACGGUGGUUGAGGGCGAGGACGCCAUUCUGCCAUGUGAGGUCAACAGUGUCCCCCCUCCCACCAUCAGCUGGGCCAAGGAGAGGCAGCUCAUCUCCCCUUUCUCUCCCCGGCACACUCAGCUUUCCUCGGGCUCUAUGAAAAUCUUGGAGACCAGAGUGUCAGACAGUGGGCUUUAUGUGUGUGUUGCCUCGAAUAUCGCUGGCAACCUGACAACAUUCAUUGAUCUGAGUGUUUUGGUGCCCCCCAGUAUCCAGGCUGGCCCCAGGGUAAUGAAAGUUCAGAUGGGGUACCCUGUGGAGCUGCCCUGCGUGGUGAGAGGGGUCCCGGAGCCCACCCUCACCUGGACAAGAGAUGGUCAGAGGUUCCAAGUCUCACCUGAUGGCAGCCUGGCUUUUAGAAACGUGGGUCUGGCUGACGAAGGGACCUACACCUGCAUAGCCACCAACACCGCAGGCAGGGCCGAGGCCCGAGUCCGGCUGCUGGUGCAAGUACCCCCUGUGGUCGAGAUAUUGGAGCCGCCUUUCAACAGUCCGUUGCAGGAGAGAGUUGCAAACCAGCGAAUCGCAUUCCCCUGCCCUGCCAAAGGCCUUCCUAAGCCAGUGAUCCGAUGGAUGCGUAAUGGCCAGGAGUUGUCAGGUAAUGAGCCCGGCGUGUCCAUCCUGGAGGACGGUACGCUGCUGAUUCUGGCCUCUGUGUCGCCAAUGGACAACGGAGAGUACGUCUGUGCUGCGGUCAAUGAUGCUGGAUCCACUGAGAGGAAGUACCAGCUCAAAGUUAACGUGCCCCCACUUAUCCGUGACGGGGAAACACCAGGCAACGUGUCGCUGGUCCUGAGUCAGUCCACCAGCUUGGUGUGUGAUGUCAUAGGAAGUCCGACCCCUGUCAUCACCUGGUACAAGGAUGGGACUCCUGUAGUUGGUAGUAACACCAUCCAGAUUCUUGACAUGGGAAAAUCCCUGAGACUACUGAAGGCAGCCACAGCAGAUGCAGGCAGCUACAGCUGUAAAGCGAUAAACAUCGCUGGCAGCACAGAAAAGGACUUCUUCCUGGAUAUACUGGUCCCACCAACCAUUGUGGGGUCAGCCUCUCCCCAAGAUGUUUCAGCCAUUGUAAAACAGGAGAUCAGUCUUGAAUGCAAUGUACAAGGUGUACCUUUUCCAACAAUCCAGUGGUACAAGGACAGGAAGCUGGUGUUCCUUGGUGAUCCAAACCUGGAGGUCACCAACAGGGGUCAGGUUUUGAAGAUAAAGAGUGCUCGUCUUGGAGACAAGGCCCGCUACCAGUGUAUUGCCGUGAAUACAGCCGGCAAACAAUCCAAGGACUUUAACGUCAGUGUUUAUGUGCCCCCCUCCAUCAAAGGCGGUAACAUCACCACAGAGGCCACAGCCCUGCUGGACACGACAGUAACACUGGAGUGUGAGGCUCGCGGAGUGCCGCUUCCUUCCAUCACCUGGUAUCGAAACGGAGAGGCCAUCCUGUCCAACAGACAGGUUCAGUACGUCGAGCGGGGCCACUACCUGAAGUUCCCCCGCGCGCAGGCAUCAGAUGCGGGCCUGUUCACCUGCAAGGUGACCAGUGUGGCCGGGAGCGCUGAGAAGAGCUUUGUACUGGACGUCUACUUGCCUCCUACCAUUGCUGGGGGUGAGGACGGGCCAACUGAGAGGAAAGUUGUUCUCAGUAAGUCUCUGAUUCUGGAGUGUGAGGCUGGGGGACACCCUCCCCCCUCUCUCACAUGGCUGAAGGACGGAGUUCCUGUGCGCGAUGGUGAAAGCGUCCGUCUUCUCGAGCAGGGGAGUAAAAUCGAAAUCCUUUCAGCCACGGUGUCAGACUCGGGACGUUACGUCUGCGUGGCAACAAGCAUCGCUGGAGAGAAGGAAGUCAAAUACGACGUCAGAGUUUUGGUCCCUCCUUUCAUUGAUGGAGCUGAUGAUGUGACGGACAGCACGGUGAUAAUCAACAGCCCUCUGGAGCUGGAGUGUCAGGCCACUGGAACCCCUGCACCCGUCAUCACGUGGUAUAAAGAUGGUAAACCAGUCCGACAGGGUGAGGGGUUGCGUGUGGCAGCCAGCGGUCGACGGCUAAUCGUUUCCCGCGCUCAGGUCUCUGACACGGCGCCUUUUCAAUGUGUGGCCACUAAUGAAGCAGGAGACCACGAGAGGGACUUCAAAGUAGUUGUCCAUGUUCCUCCAUCCAUUCGUACCACCGGGCCUGCAGAACGUUCAGUGGUUCUCCACAAGACCAUCGGUCUAGAGUGCAUCUCAAGCGGCAUCCCUCCUCCCAGCAUUACCUGGCUUAAAGAUGGCCGACCUGUCGACUCAACACAGGGGCACCUUAAGCUGGAGUCGUCGGGCAGAUUGCUAAAGGUCAAAGAGGCAAGACUGGAGGACUCUGGAAAAUACACCUGCCUGGCCACCAAUGCAGCCGGUGAAGCCCAACAGCACAUUCGACUCAGUGUCCAUGAGCCUCCCAGUAUUCCCUACUCUGGAGAGAUCAUCAACCAGACCAUCCUUUCAGGCUUUCCCACCGAGCUGGAGUGCAAGGCCACAGGCAGCCCAUUACCCGCUAUCACUUGGUACAAAGAUGGCCGACCGCUGACAAGUGCUGCUGGGGUCACUAUGCUGAAGCGUGGCCAGGUGCUGGAGAUUGAACGAGCUCAACUGUCUGAUGCUGGGAUGUACAGAUGUGUAGCGGUCAACCUGGCUGGAGUUGCUGAGAUAUCCCACAGUCUGCAGGUGUACGUGCCUCCGAUCAUCUCCAGUCGAGGGGGCACAGUGACAGUUGUUGUGAACGAGGCUGCCAGGCUGCAGUGUGAGGCCACCGGUGUUCCUCUGCCCAGCCUCACAUGGCUCAAAGAUGGCAGCCCUGUGGCAAGUGUAUCACAUGGCAUACAGGUCUUGUCUGGUGGCAGAAUGCUUUCUCUGAACAGCGCUCUGGUUAGUGAUACAGGCAGGUACACCUGUGUGGCUGUCAAUGCAGGAGGGGAACAACACAGAGAGUACGACCUGAGGAUUUAUGUGCCCCCUAACAUUAAGGGUGAGGAGGUGAAUGCCACGGUGAUGCUCGGCCGUCCAGUGGAGCUGCAGUGCCAGAGCGAUGCAAUCCCUCCACCGACCCUUUCCUGGCGCAAAGAUGGCCGUCCACUCUUCAGGAAGCCCGGUCUGACUGUGUCAGCAGAUGGGAGUGUGCUUAAGGUGGAUAGUGCCCAGGUGCAGGAUUCAGGCAGGUAUUCCUGUGAAGCCACCAAUGUUGCUGGGAAAACAGAGAAGAACUACAAUCUUAACGUCUGGGUUUCUCCCAGUAUCCAUGGCUCAGAGGAGGUUUCUCCUAUGACUGUGACUGAAGGAAGUCUCAUUACUCUGGUGUGUGAGUCCAGUGGGAUACCGCCCCCCAGCCUAACCUGGAGGAAGGAUGGUUCUGAGAUCAAGUCGGACCAACGGGUCAGGGUUUUGUCAGGAGGUCGUCAGCUGCAGAUCUCCAGCGCUGAGAGGACAGAUACAGCCUCUUACUCCUGCACAGCCUCCAGCGCGGCCGGCACCACCUCAAAAGAGUACAGCCUGCAGGUUUAUGUCCGCCCUUCCAUCAGACGCAGCGAGGGCGACACGGAGAACGUUGCCCUCACAAAAGGAGGUGAUGUGACCCUACAGUGUGCUGCAGAGGGCGUGCCCCGACCAGCCAUCACAUGGUUGAAAGAUGGCCGGCCAAUCACAGGCCAGCACGGAGCCAAAGUCCUGAAUGAGGGGAGGCUGUUAAAGAUUAAAGAUGCUAAAGUGUCAGACACAGGACGCUACACCUGUAUCGCUGUCAAUGUGGCCGGACAGGCUGACAGCAAGCAUGACAUUAGUGUACAUGUCCCACCUAGCAUAAUUGGUCAGGUGCAGCAGCCAGAGAAUGUGAGUGUUGUAGUGAAGAACCCAGUUGCUCUGAGUUGCGAGGCCUCUGGUAUCCCUCUACCUGCCAUCACCUGGCUAAAGGAUGGUCGGCCAAUCAAAGUUACGAGUUCAGUGCGUGUCCUCUCUGGUGGCCGGAGCCUGCGUCUAAUGCAUGCUGCAGUGGAGGAUGCUGGGAGGUACACCUGCAUUGUGUCUAACAUCGCGGGAGAGGAAAGAAAGAACUUUGACCUCGACAUCCUUGUUCCACCAAGCAUUGUAGUCGAGGGAACUGUGGCGGAUACUAAAGUGAAGGAGAAACACAAUAUCACUCUCAGCUGUGAGGCCUCAGGCAACCCUGUACCAGAGAUUAAAUGGCUGAAAGAUGGACAGCUGUUGGUGCCUGACACACGGCACCAGGUUCUGUCUCACGGCCGUUUCCUCCAAAUAUCUGCGGCCCAAAUUGCAGACACCGGCAGGUACAGCUGCCUGGCAUCCAACAGUGCAGGGGAACGCAGCCGGCACUUCAACCUCAAUGUCCUGGUUUCUCCCACCAUUGCUGGAUCAGGUCCUGACGGUUCUUCAGAGAAGGUGACCGUCACUCUGAGCAGCCCCACCUCUCUCGUGUGUGAAGUCCAAUCCUACCCUUCUGCUCUCAUCGUCUGGCUCAAGGACGGCACUCCGUUUGAGUCAAGUCGCAGCGUCCGAGUCCUUCCAGGUGGGCGCACCCUGCAGAUCCUGAACGCUAAAGAAGAGGAUGCUGGGAGAUAUACCUGUGUGGCCACUAAUGAGGCUGGAGAGACCCUGAAGCACUAUGAGGUCAAGGUUUAUGUUCCUCCUCAGAUCAAUAAGAAUGAUAUUCCAGGGGAGGGACUGGCACCCAAAGAGGUCAAGAUCAAGGUCAACAGCACGCUGACCCUCGAGUGUGCAGCUCAGGCCUUUCCUACCCCAGCACUGCAGUGGUUUAAGGACGGACAGAUCCUGCGCACGGAUGAACAUGUGUCCAUAACAGCCAACGGUCGUAUUGUUCAGAUCAAGCACGCUCAGGUGUCAGACACCGGCCGCUACACCUGCGUAGCCACUAACAUAGCUGGAGAGGAUGAGAAGGACUUUGAUGUAAAUAUACAAGUUCCGCCUAAUUUCAACAGGCCUGGUGGAGUUGGUGAUAGCACAUCUCCCCCAGGCUUUGGAGGGGAAGUUCGAGAUGUGAUACUCAACAAUCCCAUCUCUCUGUAUUGUGAGUCCAAUGCAGUGCCUCCUCCUACACUCACCUGGUACAAAGACGGACAACUGCAGACCUCAAAUGACAGAGUUCUGAUCUUGCCGGGUGGGCGAGUGUUACAGAUUCCCAGAUCCCAGGCUGAAGACUCAGGAAGGUAUACGUGUGUGGCUGUCAACGAAGCAGGAGAAGACUCCAUUCAGUAUGAUGUCAGAGUAUUAUUGCCGCCGACCAUACGAGGAAUAGACAGUGAUUUGCCCGACGAGGUCACUGUCUUAGUCAACAAAACUACCCAACUGGAGUGUUACGUGGAUGGAAACCCCGCCCCCAAGAUCACCUGGUUUAAAGACAGCCAGCCAGUCAGUUCUGAUGGGCCACAUAGGAUCUUGUCCAAUGGGCGAACACUUCAGGUGUUGACUGCUCGGGUGUCGGACACAGGGCGCUAUGUGUGUGUGGCUGACAAUGUGGCUGGAAGUGCAGACAAGUCAUUUAACCUUAAUGUUCACCUACCUCCAACCAUUAUCGGCCUGAGUCCUGAGACUGUGACUGUGGUGGUGAACCAUUUUGUGUCACUCUCUUGUCAAGCUACUGGUUUCCCCCCUCCUACCCUAAGCUGGCUAAAUGACAGGGGUCCCAUUCAGGCCAACACCAAUGCACUCAUCAUGCCAGGUGGUCGUACACUACAGAUUCUGAAAGCCAAAGUUUCUGAUGGAGGAAAGUACAGCUGUGUGGCCAUGAAUGCAGCAGGAGAGGCAUACAAACAAAUGUAUCUCACAGUUUUUGUCCCUCCAAGUAUCCGGGACAGUGGUGGGGAUUCUCCUGUGGUGGUGAAUGUGCUCGUUGGGAAAUCAGUAAAGCUGGAGUGUGAGUCCAACGCUGUCCCUCCACCCACCAUCACCUGGUACAAAAAUGGCAGGAUGGUGACAGAAACGGCAAACCUGCGCAUCGUGGCAGAGGGACAGAUGCUUGAGAUCAAAGGCUCCGAGGUGUCUGAUACAGGACAAUAUGUCUGCAAGGCCACCAAUGUUGCUGGACAAGUGGACAAGAACUUCCACUUGAAUAUCUAUGUGCCUCCCAGUAUUGAUGGCCCAGCAGAGGAGAGUGUUGUGGAAACCAUCAGUAACCCAGUCACCUUUGCCUGUGAUGCUACUGGAAUCCCUCCUCCAAGCCUUGCGUGGUUAAAGAAUGGACGACCUAUAGAGAACUCAGAGUCUCUGGAGAUGCACAUCUUCGCAGGAGGAAGCAAGCUGCAGAUUGCGCGGUCACAGGUUGCUGACAGCGGCACUUACACAUGUGUGGCCACCAACGUGGAGGGCAAGGCACGCAAGAGCUACCAUCUCUCUAUACAAAUUCCUCCCAGCAUAUCUGGAUCAGAGAUGCCGCGUGAAAUGGGAGUCCUUCUCAAUGAAAGCAUCCAGCUGGUUUGUCAGGCUCGGGGAACCCCGGCUCCAACCAUCCAGUGGUUAAAGGAUGGCGAAGUCAUCAACAAUACAGGAAACCAAGGGCUCAGGAUCAGUCCAGAUGGAAGCACACUCACUUUGACCGAAGCUAACACACCUGAUAGUGGCAAGUACACCUGUGUGGCCACCAACACUGCAGGGGAAGAAGACAGGAUAUUCAAUCUGAAUGUGUAUGUGCCUCCUGUGAUAGACGGCAACAGUGAGACAGUUGAGCAGCUGACCACAGUUCUUGACAGUUCUGUCAACAUUGAGUGUGUUGCAGCAGGCUCUCCUCCGCCCCAGCUCAACUGGCUGAGAAACGGCCUGCCUCUGCCAGUCUCCUCCCACAUACGGCUUCUUUCUGCUGGACAGGUGCUUCGGAUUACACGCUCUCAGGUGUCCGACAGUGGCACCUAUACCUGCGUUGCAUCAAAUAGAGCAGGAGUGGACAACAGACAUUAUAAACUACAAGUGCAUGUCCCUCCUGGUUUGGAUGGAGCCGGCGGCACAGAGGAUGUGACUGUAGUCAGAGGAAACUCGGCUUCUCUGCUUUGUAUUGCUGAUGGGACCCCAACCCCAACUAUAUCCUGGCUUAAAGAAGGGGUAACUCUACUUACUGACCCUCAUCUAAAGUUCCUAAACCUGAAUACAACUAUCCAAAUCAUCCAGACUCAGGUCAAUGACACAGGACGCUACACCUGCAUGGCUAACAAUAGCGCUGGCCAAGCUAGCCGCCACUUCAACCUAAAAGUGCUGGACCCUCCACACAUCAAGGGCUCUGGAGUACCUGCAGAAGUUUCUGUUGUGGUUAAUAAUGUCCUGGAGCUUCAGUGUGAGGCCUCAGGUAUCCCUACGCCCUCUUUGACCUGGCUGAAGGAUGGACGCCCGCUGCCACAGACAGACAGUGUGCGCCUCUUGCGGGGGGGAGAGGUUCUCCGUGUGGCCUCAGCACAGUUGGAGGACACAGGCAGAUACAGCUGCUUAGCAAACAGUCCAGCAGGAGAUGACGACAAGGAGUUCCUGGUUCGAGUGAAUGUCCCCCCUAACAUUGCGGGGGAGAGCACACCUCAGGACCUGUCAGUGCUACAGAACAGACAGGUUAUCCUGGAGUGCAAGUCUGAUGCUGUCCCACCUCCAACUCUCAGCUGGCUCAAAGAUGGCCAACCAUUGCAGGCCUCUGCCCGAGUGCGUAUUCUUUCUGGUGGCCGCUACUUACAAAUCAACAUGGCCGAGCUCAACGACAGAGCUCAGUAUACCUGUGUGGCAAGCAACAUCGCUGGCAAGACCACGCGUCAGUUUAACCUGACUGUCAAUGUGGCCCCAACCAUCAAGGAAGGCUCCCAGACCAUGUCAGUGCACAUUGACAAGCCUGCAGUGCUUGAGUGUAUUGUAAGUGGAGUGCCACCGCCUCGUGUAACCUGGAGGAAACACGGUGCCAUCCUGGCAGGAAACAACCCCAGGUAUACAUUUGCAGAGGAUGGGUCAUUACACAUCCACUCUGCUCAGGUGACAGACACUGGCCGCUACCUGUGUAUGGCAACAAAUCAGGCUGGGACCCAGCGCAAGAGAGUGGAUCUGCAAGUCUUUGUCCCUCCUUCCAUCGCUGACAGUCGCACCAAUGUGACGGUUACAGUCAACGUUCAGACCACCCUGUCUUGCGAGGCCACAGGCAUACCCAAACCCGCUGUCAGCUGGAUCAAAAAUGGUCGAACCAUCAAUACUGACCAGAACCAGAAUAUGUACAGAUUGCUGUCAUCAGGCUCCCUGGUAGUUAUAGCACCAACAGUCGAGGACACAGCUGUGUAUGAAUGUGUGGUUUCUAAUGAGGCAGGAGAAUACUCCAGAUCCAUCAACCUCACUGUCCACGUUCCACCAUCUAUAGCAGAUGAACCCACAGAGCUGGUUGUGACCAGACUGUCCCCAGUGGUUAUCGCCUGCACUGCCUCUGGUGUCCCAGCGCCCACAAUCCACUGGAGCAAAGAUGGCUCGAGGCUUCCUAAAGAGGGACAAGGCUACAGCAUCCUACCUACAGGUCCAGUAGAAAUCACCUCAGCUGAGCUCAGUCACUCAGGACGUUACUCAUGCACAGCCAAGAAUGCUGCAGGAUCCACCCACCGCCAUGUGCAGCUCACAGUGCAGGAGCUCCCGGUGAUACAGUCUCAUCCCUCCACCCUGGAUGUGAUCCUGAACAACCCAAUCACUCUGCCCUGCAGGGCCACAGGUGCACCCAGACCCACCAUCACCUGGCAGAAGGAGGGCAUCAACAUACCCACCUCAGGUGGAAGUUUCACAGUCUUGCCGAAUGGAAGUCUGCAGAUCACUAAGGCCUCUGUGUCAGACUCUGGGACGUACAUAUGUGUGGCUCAAAACCCUGCAGGCACUGCGCUGAGCAAGACCAAACUCAGAGUACAAGUUCCUCCAGUGAUCAGCUCAGAGACUGUAGAGUAUCUGGCACCUGUUGACUCCUCUGUGACGUUACACUGCCAUGCUGACGGCUCACCUUCCCCCUCCGUCACAUGGCACAAAGACGGGCAGCCGCUGCAUGAAUCUGUGCGCCAACGGGUGCUCAGUUCAGGAUCCCUGCAGAUCGCCUUCAUCCAGCCAAGUGAUACUGGACGAUACACCUGCACUGCUGCCAAUGCAGCAGGCACGGUCAGCCAUGAGAUGAGCUUCACUGUACACAUCCCCCCUUCCAUCCGUGAUGGAGAGCUGGAGGUAGCGGUGGUGGAAAACAGUCAGGCUCAGCUGGUGUGUGUGGUGGAGGGGGUCCCUCAGCCAAGCUUGACCUGGGAGAAGGAUGGUAAUCCUCUCAGUGAAAGCACAGGGGAGUACACCAUCCUGCCCUCCGGAGAACUAGUUAUAGACGUCGCUCAGCCUGAUGAUGCGGGCAGUUAUACGUGUGUUGCCACAAAUUCGGUCGGAGAGGACAGUCAGACGACGACCCUGUCUGUCCACACUCACCCCGUCUUCACUGAGCUGCUCGGAGACGUUGCCCUCAACAAGGGAGAGCGCGUCCUACUGGCCUGUGGAGUCAGUGGCAUCCCUCCUCCCAAAAUCACAUGGACUUUUAACAACAACAUCCUCCCAGUUCACUACGACCACAUGAACGGCCACAGUGAAAUGGUGAUAGAGCGAGUGAGCAAAGAAGACUCUGGCACCUAUACCUGUUUGGCAGAAAACAGCGUAGGGACCAUCAAGUCUCUGGCCUUCGUUUAUGUCAAAGAGCCUCCUAUCAUUGAUGGGGAGCAUCACUCCAACCGUAUUGAACCUCUGGGUGGAAAUGCCAUCCUGAACUGUGAGGUCCGGGGAGAUCCCCUGCCCACCAUCCGCUGGAGCAAAGGUGGAAUAAACAUCUCGAUCAGCAACCGCAUCCGACAGCUGGACAACGGCUCUCUGGCUAUCUAUGGAACAGUGAGUGAAGAUGCAGGCAGCUACAUGUGUGUGGCAACAAAUGAUGCUGGUGUGGUGGAGAGGAGUGUCACUCUUACCCUGCAGAGUGCACCAAGCAUCAUAGUGGAGCCGGUGGAUACAGUGGUGGAUGCUGGCACCACAGUUGUGCUCAACUGUCAGGCGGAGGGUGAGCCCACCCCCAUGAUAGAGUGGUCCCGUCAGGGGCACCCUCUGCUGGGCAACGACCGCUUCUCCCCACUUUCCAACAGCUCCCUCAGGAUCAGCAGUGCCCAGAAGGAAGACACCACUGAAUAUGAGUGUGUGGCCAGAAACCUGCUGGGAUCAGUGCUGGUCAGGGUCACUCUGACUGUACGAGUUCAUGGAGGCUACUCGGAGUGGGCAGAGUGGGGUCCUUGCAGUGUGUCCUGUGGUGUCGGGUCCCAGAAGAGGCUCAGACAGUGUAACAAUCCCUUGCCUGCCAAUGGAGGGCGUCACUGCCCAGGAUCAGACUCAGAGACACGCAGUUGUCAGGGAAAGCCCUGUCCAGUGGAUGGUGACUGGUCAGAGUGGUCUCUCUGGGAGGAGUGCUCUCGGACCUGUGGGCAGGGCAACAGAACGAGGGUCCGGACCUGCAGUAACCCUUCAGCUCAGCAUGGAGGCAGACCGUGUGAGGGGAGGGCAGUGGAGGUCAUCAUGUGCAGUGUCAGACCCUGUCCGGUUUCGGGUAACUGGGGGUCUUGGCUGCCAUGGAGCCCAUGCAGUGAGUCUUGUGGUAAAGGUAUGCAGUCCAGAAUCCGCCUGUGCAACAACCCUCCUCCAGCAUUUGAUGGGCCGCAGUGUGAGGGCACAGACACCCAGACUCAAUUUUGCAAGGAGAAACCCUGUCCUGUGGAUGGGAAGUGGUCCUCUUGGGUGAGCUGGGGAACCUGCAGUGUUUCAUGUGGAGGCGGGACCAGACAGAGGACACGCCUCUGUGCCAGCCCCGCCCCUCAGCAUGCUGGCAGGCAGUGUGAAGGCAACGACGUCCAGAUCGACUUCUGCAACAAUGACCCCUGCCCCAUUAAUGGUAACUGGGGUCCAUGGAGUAGCUGGGGCAGCUGCAGCAAGACAUGUAAUGGAGGUCAGAUGAGGCGCUACAGGACAUGUGACAACCCCAGAUCAGCCAAUGGUGGGCGAGCGUGUACAGGUGCAGAUUCACAGAUACAGAGAUGCAGCACAGCCAACUGUCCUGUUGAUGGUAACUGGGGCUCAUGGCAGCCAUGGGGAGAUUGCUCUACUUCCUGUGGUGGUGGAGAGAGGACACGUGUCCGUCUCUGUAACAGUCCGUCUUCAAGCAACGGUGGCCGGCUGUGUCCAGGAGACUCCUCUCAGCUGUCCAGAUGUAGCAGUCAGGCCUGCCCAGGUGGACCACAGAAAGCCCGAGGGAGCAUCAUAGGGAACAUCAACGAUAUUGAGUUUGGUAUCGCCAUCCUCAAUGCCACCAUCACAGAGAGCAAGUUUGGAGAGAGAAUCAUCAAGGCCUCUAUUACUAAUGUACCAAGGACAUUAGGUCCUGCAAUGAGAAAGCUCAUCUCGAUCCUGAACCCUGUUUACUGGGCCACUGCACAGGAAGUGGGAGAGGCUGUCAAUGGCUACACGCUAACAGGAAGCAUCUUUAGGAGAGAGACACAGGUGGAGUUUGCCACGGGUGAGAUCCUGAGGAUGACCCACAUUGCCAGAGGCAUGGACUCAGAUGGAGUGUUGUUACUGGACAUCGUCGUGAACGGACACAUCCUGCAACUGCCUUCACACGCUGACAUCAGUAUCAAGGACUACACAGAGGAUUACAUCCAGACGGGCCCGGGCCAGCUGUACGCUCUGUCCACCCGCAUGUUCAGCAUCGACCGGGAGAGUGUGCCCUACUCCUGGAACCACACCAUCACCUACGACCAGUCCAAGGGCAAGAUGCCUUUCCUCGUAGAGACGCUGCACGCCACAGCCAUCAGAGCUCACUACAACCCCCUGGAGGAAGUGUUGGAGUAUAGCAUACAAGCUAAUAUUGCUAAGGGAGAUCGCAGUAACCAGUGUCCUCAGGGAUUCACGUUAGUGUCUGCCGGCCCCUACUGUGCAGAUGAGAACGAGUGUGAGUUCGGGAACCCAUGUUCUCAUACUUGCCACAACGCCAUGGGCACGUACUACUGCUCGUGUCCCCGGGGCCUCACCAUCUCAGCUGACGGCAGGACAUGUCAGGACAUUGAUGAGUGUUCACUGGAUACGAACGUGUGCCAUGAUGGAGAGGAAUGUGAGAACACCAUUGGCUCUUACCGAUGUGUCAUGCGCUGUGGGCGGGGCUUCAGGAGAACAGCUGAUGGUCUCAGUUGCACUGAUGUAAACGAGUGUCAGGAGUCAAAUCUGUGCAAUCAACACUGUCUGAACACGAUCGGCAGCUACAGAUGCGCCUGUGAGCCGGGCUACCAACUCAGAAACAGACGCUGUACAGAUAUAAAUGAGUGCAGACAGAGGGUUUGUCGGUCAGAUCAGCAGUGUAAAAACACACGGGGGGGUUACACCUGUAUUGACCUGUGCCCCAAUGGUAUGACUAAAGGCGGCAAUGGGACAUGUGUAGACAUCGAUGAGUGCAGGGAUGGCACUCAUCAGUGCAGAUACAAUCAGAUCUGUGAGAAUACCAGAGGCAGCUACCACUGCACCUGUCCACGUGGCUACAGAUCUCAGGGAGUGGGGCGGCCCUGCCUCGACAUAAAUGAGUGUGAGCGGCUGCCCCAGCCCUGUGCCCACCAAUGCCUCAACACGCCGGGCAGCUUCAAGUGCACCUGCCCUCCAGGGCGCCACCUGCUGGGGGACGGCAAGUCCUGUGCCGGUCUGGAGCGUCUGCCCAGCUAUGAAAGUUACUCAUUUGGCUACCGAGCGUCACAAUCCUCUCCUGAACACAACUCCGACCAGCGACUGUACCACAACUUGGCCUCUCAGAGCUACCACUCCUACGGCGCCACCUCAAGGGGCCGUGAAAGGAGCCGGAGCCGCAGAGAGACUCAUUCCUCGCAGCAGGGCUCCCUCGCUUGUCUGCAGGGGUUUGAGUCCAGGGGGGGCUCCUGCUUAGACAUCAAUGAGUGUGAGGUGAGGGAUGCCUGUCAGCAUGAGUGUAUGAACACACCAGGGAGCCACAGGUGUCUCUGUCCAGCUGGUUACCGCCUUAUGACCAACGGCAAGACGUGUCAGGAUAUAGACGAGUGCCUGGAGGAUAACAUCCAGUGUGGGGCCAACCAGAUGUGCUUCAACAUGAGAGGAAGUUUCCAAUGUAUCGACACACCUUGUCCACCAAACUACCAGAGGGAUCCAGCCACAGGGUUCUGCCUGAAGAACUGCCCUCCUAACGACCUGGAGUGUGCCCUGAGCCCUUACGCCCUGGAGUACAAGCUGCUGUCUCUUCCCUUUGGCAUCGCAGCCAACCAGGACCUCAUCAGGCUGGUGGCCUACACGCAGGACGGAGUAAUGCACCCCAGGACCACCUUCCUCGUGGUGGACGAGGACGCCACGUUACCUUUCGCCCUGCGAGACGAGAACCUGAAGGGAGUGUUGUUCACAACACAGGCGCUUCGAGAGCCCCACACAUACCGAAUGAAGGUCCGCGCCCUCUCCUACAGCGCAGACGGGGGAAUCGAGUACCAGACAACCUUCAUCGUCUACAUCGCCGUCUCUGCAUACCCCUACUGAGAGCACUAUAAAUGAAGGCAGACAAAGGUGCGGUGCAUUGCAUCCUAAAUAAGUGAGUGGGUGCGUUUUUUAAAAAGCAGCCACAUCAGUAAACAAACUGAAAAACUCUCAAUGUGAGCGGCCAGUGAGUGCAUACAGCCCUGAAGACAAGAGGAAGUAGAUUAAAGGUGGAAACAACACAAGACACAGGAGGGUAACAGUUGACUUGUACAAUGCAACUGGCUAUGUAUUGGCUUUAAUCCCAGGAAUCCAAAACCUCAGUCUGUCAGGACUUUUUCAGUGAAAUGUUUAAUAUGUUGCCUUGUGAUUUUCCCUUCCCCCUCAGAUUUAUUUAUAAGAUCAACAAGAUGUUGCUCCUUUAAGCGGAAGUAUUAAUCGGUGGCUCCCAUAGUAGAUACCAACCCUACUCAACAAAUAUUAGCUAGCCUUUUAUUUACAUCUACCUACUAUUAACUUAUUGGGAAGUGCUUGAUUUAGAAAAAUGUGCAGUUCCCUUGUGUCAUUAAUCACCAAAGUGAAAAUUUGACUCUUCAGAUACGGUGCUCAUUUCGGUGAUAGAAAGCUUAACUGUUAGAUCUUCUACAUCCUCAGGUAGUCUAGUAAAUAGAAACCCUAUCUUAUCAUUACACUACAUCAUCAAUGUGCCAUAAACUGCUCAAUCCAAAAGUUCAUAUCAAGAUGUAUUUUAUUUUUACAACUUGUACAUAGUUUUUUUUUUUUUUCAUAAUGUAUUGCAAUACUGUACUUAUUGGAUCCAUUUUGUAAUAAAACUGUAAUAAAUGAAUAUACAUUGAAAACAAGCAUUAUGUAUGUCUCCAGCAGUGAUGCAUAAAAAACCCCUGAUCCUUUAUAAAGCAUUUCACAUCGACUCAAGCAAGCUAAUGAGAAUAACACUGAAGAAUAUAAGAGCACAUUUAGGAGUAGAAACAAUUUCACUCAGAGACAAGGAUUAGGAGGUGAGGUCCGCCCCCCACUCAUAAAAAGUAGCACUUUACCCCUGCCUAUAUGCCGU